CAGAAAUAUUGCUCCGGCCGAAUUCUUGAUGGCCUUUGGGAUGAAUUUUGGUUAUGGCAAUUGGAUACUUAGAAGGGAAUAUCUAGAUUUGGGGAUAAAUGGUAUCAGGAUGUGGCAUUUGUGGAAACAAAGACUUGGUCCGGUAAGUCCAUCAAAAUGAAUAUGAAUCAUAUGAUAUGAUGCAAUCCCUUCAUUCCAAUUCCAAAUUCACACCUUUGAUGAUGGCGAACGCCAGGGCCAUUCUUUCCCUCUUACAAGGAUGUAACAGCAUGAGAAAACUUCACAAAAUUCAUGCACACAUCCUCAUCAAUGGCUACCAGCACAACCCCUCCAUUUCUGAGAAACUCCUCAACUUCUGUGCCGUUUCUGUCUCUGGUUCCUUGGCCUACGCUCAACUUGUCUUCCAUCGUAUUCACAACCCACAAACCCCUGCUUGGAACUCCAUGAUCAGGGGGUUUUCUCAGAGCCCAUCUCCUCUCCAAUUACAAGCCAUUGUUUUCUACAACCACAUGCUUUCAGCUUCCCAUGCUAGGCCCGACACUUACACUUUCUCAUUCCUUCUUAAGGCAUGUGAAGAGGCUAAAGAAGAGGGAAAAUGCAGAGAGGUUCAUGGAUUCAUAAUUCGAUUUGGGUACGACCAAGACGUGGUUUUGUGCACAAACCUCAUCAGAUCCUAUGCUGGAAAUGGAUUGAUUGAGACUGCACAUAAGGUUUUCGAGGAAAUGCCUGCAAGAGAUUUGGUUUCUUGGAAUUCGAUGAUUUCAUGCUACUGUCAGACAGGUUUGCACGAGGAGGCAUUAAAAAUGUAUGAUCAGAUGAGAAUUUCUAAUGUGGGGUUUGAUGGGUUCACACUUGUUAGCUUGCUUUCGUCCUGUGCCCAUGUGGGGGCCCUGCAUAUGGGAGUCCAAAUGCAUAGGUUUGCUGGUGAAAGGAGACUAGUAGAAAAUAUUUUUGUGGGCAAUGCUCUGAUAGAUAUGUAUGCCAAAUGCGGCAGCUUGGCUAGUGCUCUUUCCAUCUUUAAUUCGAUGCCUAAGCGCGAUGUGUUCACUUGGAAUUCGAUGAUUGUAGGGUAUGGAGUGCAUGGACGUGGGGAUGAAGCAAUCACUUUCUUUGGAAGCAUGUUGAUGGCAGGAGUCCGGCCAAACUCCAUCACAUUCCUUGGUUUGUUGUGUGGUUGUAGUCACCAAGGCCUGGUUAAGGAGGGUGUUCAAUAUUUUCACAUGAUGAGCUCUGAGUUCAAUCUCAAGCCUGGAAUCAAGCAUUAUGGGUGCAUGGUGGAUUUAUUUGGACGUGCUGGAAAGUUAAAGGAGGCGCUUGAAGUCAUCAGGAGCUCUCCUUCUCAACAUGAUCCAGUUCUGUGGCGAACCCUGCUAGGUUCAUGCAAGAUUCAUAGAAAUGUGGAAAUAGGAGAAAUGGCCAUGAGGAAUCUGGUUCAAUUGGGAUCUCUAGGCGCAGGUGAUUGUGUACUUCUCUCUGGAAUAUAUGCUGAAGCCAAAGACUUGCAAGGUGUUGCAAGGAUGAGAAAAUUGAUUCAAAGCCGAGGAAUAAAGACGACCCCAGGUUGGAGCUGGAUUGAAGUUGGCGAUCAAGUUCAUAGAUUCGUAGUGGACGACAAGUCUCAUCCUGAUUCCAGAGAGAUUUAUCGCAAAUUGGAGGAAGUAAUCCAUAGAGCCUCCUUGGUGGGUUAUGCAAUGGAGGAGUCAUCUCUAGUGGCAGCGCCUGAGUCCAACACCCAAGAGUACUGUUGGGAGACUUCCACUUCAUACCACAGCGAGAAGCUGGCAAUUGCGUAUGGGCUGGCAAGAACUCCAGAAGGAACGAGUCUUCUGAUCGUCAAGAAUCUAAGAGUUUGUAGAGAUUGCCACAACUUCACAAAGUUUGUCUCUAAGGCAUUUGAUCGAGAAAUAAUUGUCAGGGACCGAGUUCGGUUCCAUCACUUCAGGGGUGGACAUUGUUCCUGCAAAGAGUUCUGGUGAUAGACAGCUUCAUCCCUUUCCAAGGAAAAUACACAAAAAUCAGAAGGCAAGCUUGAAGAUGGUACUCAGAACAACAAUGGGUAAAAAACAGGAUUUCUACUUGAUGGUUGCUGUCCAGUUGGGAAGUUCAUGUCCAAAA